UAUAAGAUGUGUUUGCAGACCGCCAUAAUACCAAAGAAGAAGAAGUAGCUAGCUUGGCUAACCACAUCAGCGGUGCUGUGUGUCACAUUUUCGUGAAGCCUUUGAACAGCGUUGCCAUCCAGACCUUUUUGCCAAGACUGAGCUCUAGGACCAGACAUGGCACGUGGUCAUCAGAAAGUCCAGUCUCAGCAGAAGAAUGCCAAGAAACAAGCUGAGGCCAAGAAGGCCAAGGGACAUGAUCAGAAGACGGCUGCUAAGGCAGCUUUAGUGCACACCUGCGGUGUCUGCCUGUCACAGAUGCCAGAUCCCAAAACCUUCAAGCAGCAUUUUGAGAGUAAACACCCCAAAUCACCAAUGCCCCCAGAGCUGGUCGAUGUAGACUCUGGCAUCUGAACCGGACUCCCACUGAAGACCCCAGCUAUGUUCCUUGUUUAAGGCAAACUGUCAAUGCAGAAAACAAACCCAUCUCUCUCUGAUCUACACCCUCUUACAGAAAACAAACCCAUCUCUCUCUCUGAUCCACACCCUCAUACAGAAAACAAACCCCUCUCUCUCUCUCUCUCUGAUCCACACCCUCAUACAGAAAACAAACCCCUCUCUCUCUCUCUCUCUCUGAUCCACACCCUCAUACAGAAAACAAACCCAUCUCUCUCUGAUCCACACCCUCAUACAGAAAACAAACCCCUCUCUCUCUCUGAUCCACACCCUCAUACAGAAAACAAACCCAUCUCUCUCUGAUCCACACCCUCAUACAGAAAACAAACCCCUCUCUCUCUGAUCCACACCCUCAUACAGAAAACAAACCCCUCUCUCUCUCUGAUCCACACCCUCAUACA